CUUUUGUGGGUUAAGGAAAACUUGCAAGAAUCUUGGUCAAUGGCAUUUAGGUGGAUGGAUUUGAGUGAUUGGCUAUCAUACAGAGCUACCGGAGAUGAUACUCGUAGCCUCUGCACUACUGGUUGCAAAUGGACAUACCUUGGUCAUGCUCAUAUGCAUCAGGUCAAUGAGAAAGACUCACGCACUAUGGAAGCUUGUGGAUGGGAUGAUGAAUUUUUGGAGGAGAUUGGCUUAGGUGAUCUUAUUGAUGGGCAUCAUGCUAAAAUUGGUAAUUUAGUGAAUAUACAAUUUAGUAUUUCGGUUAUUCAAUUAAAAGUGUUGAAAAUUUUCUCAAAGUUGCGUGCUUUUAUGAGUCAAGCAACCGCUCUUUUACGCCAUGUGCCUCAAGCAAUGCAGGAUCUUUGCACCUUGAGUGCACCAUAGACUUUGACUAUCUCGGUUAUAUAUAGUUACAUAAAAAAAGACAGAUAAGACCAAUAGAAUAUUUUUGUGGGUAAGAGGCAUAUGAUCAAUCAUCAUCCUUAAGUUGGAAAAGGAUAGUAUCAUUAUUAUCAUUUUCAGCACCUUAACCCGAAAUGGUUGGGGUGAGUGACAUUAAAUUUAUUGUGCCAAU